UAUAUGGAGUAUGGACAUUUCCCGCCAAAUCAAAAUUUGGACGAGUUUGAGCUUCAAAGCAUGCAGAUUAGGUUUUUCAACACUAGCCAUUACCCAAAAGCAUGGCUGGGCUAGAUGAUGAGGAUAUUAUUGAUGGCAGUGAUGAGGAGCAAGAGGAUAUCACACCUGCAGAUAUUCUGCACAAGCUCAAACAGUCGUGGAUCGACGAGACCCGAUGUCCGGAGCUGCUGGAGUACGACGGUGACGUGGUCGACUGCAUGCUGGACCAGAUCCACCAGAUGGAGGCCAACCUGAGAAGGGUCAGCAAGACCGACUUCAAAAUAUCCAUACACAAAAUGGAGGUGGACCGUAUUCGGUACAUGAUCGCCAGCUACCUGCGCUGCAGACUGCAGAAGAUCGAGCUCUACCACCGCUACCUGCUGUCCAACGAGGAGCAGCGGCGCCGGCUGUCGCCCGCCGAACUCAAAUUCGCCACCGAGUUCCAGGCGAGUCACGAGGCGCACUUCCGGGAGGUGGCGCUGCGGCACAUGCCCUCCUCUGGCGCGGCGGCCCACUCGCAGGCAGAGUCAGAGUCGGAGGUGCCUCUCAGCGGCGAGGGCAGCCGGCUGCAGGCCGCCGAGGCCACGGUGGCGCCCAGUCUGGACACGCACGUGUACCUGAGGGCCGCCACCGACUGCCCGGGCGUGCUCAUCACAGACGAGGCCGGCGACUCCAGGACGGAGGAGGUGGACCUGAGCAGUGAGCGGUGCCGGCGGCAGCGGUCGGCCGCCAUGAUCCGCUACAGCGCCCUGGAGCGGCUGCAGCACACCUCCGGUGUGGUGCGGCAGUACGUGCGCCGCGCCGCCGGCCAGGUCGGAAGGCACUCGCCCCGGCUGCUGAGCGUGCACGAGGUGGCGGCCGUCCACCGCGAGCCAGGCAUCAUCAGCGGGUACGUACCGCACGGCUCGUCAUGGACGUGUGUACGCAGUCUGUUUCUGCCCACCAACGAGACGGUGAACUUCUGGACGCACUUCUUACCGGCCCUGUACUUCGUCUGGCGGCUAGCCUCUCUGCCGGGCAGCUCACUGGAGCCGGCCGACCCGUUCACCUGGCCGUUCGUGUGCUAUCUCUUCACCUGCUGUCUGUACCCGCUCGUCUCCAGCGGAGCGCACGCCUUCAGCCCAAUCUCGGUGAAAGCGGCACACGUUGGCUUCUUUGUUGACUAUGCGGCUGUUAGUAUGUUCGGUUAUGGUGUCGGGGUAAUGUACCGCGCCUACUGUUUUCCACGUCGGCUGCUGAACUCAGCUUACAGCGACUGGUUCGUGUGCGUCUGCUUCGCCAACACGUGUCUCAGCACAGCUCUGGCCUGUCUCUCGCGGUUCCUGCGCCGCAGCCGCUGGCGUAAGCGGUGCCGUGUGCUGGCCUACCUGGUGCCCUACCUGUGGGACCACGCGCCGCUGCUGCUGCGGGUGCUGGACUGCGGCCCGGAGGCCGAUCGCGAUGACUGCCGCCCGUCGGACGCCUACCACCUACACCAGCUGGGGGCGUUCCUGGCCGGCUCACUGCUCUACAGCACUCACUGGCCGGAGCGGAUCGCGCCGGGCACGUUCGACGUGAUCGGCCACUCGCACAAUCUGCUGCACGUGCUCAGUAUCUACGCCACCUACCAGCAGAUGAGUGGCGGCCUGCUGGAUCUGGAGGCGGUGCGCAGCCACGGCGCCGGUCUGGUGGAGGGUGCUGCUGACAGACAUCUCCAGCUGUGGGCCACGUGGGGCGCCCUGGCGGCGAUCGUCGUGAACCUGGCCAUCGUCGCCGUAUCGGUGGUCGCCAUGUUUCGGAAGGUCAAGCGAGAACACGAGGAGGAUAAGCGUCAGUGAGGCCACCUGCAGGCAAGACGCGGAACUGCUGUUUGUCGUACCCGUCGCGAAUGUUCCCCACUGGCUUUCAAUGUUAGCUGCCAACGUACCGAUGGUUUCGCACAGCACGCAUCAUUUAUAUCGCAAUGUGGCCAGUCUGGGCGUGCCAACCGGAGUGCCUUAGCCGCGUCACUGCCAGGUGGAGGUUGCAACUCAGUGGUCAGAGGAAUGUGCGUGAAGAGGACUGGUCCCGCUACGCUUCCUACCAGCUUGCCUCAUAUAUUUGUGCACGUAGAUUUAGUGGCAUCUGAAUGUUAAUCGGCCUGAGUUUUGUGUGCUUAGUUUACGCAGCCAUAUAUUUGGGCAAUGUGCAGAGUUAUUACCCAGGUACUGGUAAGGAUUCUUAGAGUAUGUAUCGAUUCCUAGGAGUACCGAUUGCACGCAAUGCUUUUCAUUGUUUCUAGCAUAAUCAAAACAAAAAGUAUUCCAGCUAUUGCUACUUUGGCUAAUUUUGAAAGGCUGAAUAUUUUGACAAUACGUAUUACGAUCAUUGUUAUUUUUCACGGGUCUCAUUUGCCUAUCUUUUUAAAUACGUCAUUUUCUUAUCGAGUCAUAUAGGUGAAGGGAAGGCGGUUAUAUCGAUGUCAUUUUUUUUGUUCCCUGGAAUGCCAUAUUCUGCUUUUUUUAAUUGGAUGUGUGUUUAUGGAGCGAUUUUGUUGCUUGCAACAGGAAGGUGGCCCAUUUGGUCAAGGUGCAGUUACUUCAAAAGCAGCUUGAAAGCUGUGUUAUUUUCAUUAUCCUCGGAUAUGUAUUCUGGUGCUCUUUCCACUGGUACGUGAAUAUGGAGACGUAGAGCUGUCAUAAAUUGUCUUAGGACGUAGGUAGUGUGUUUUAUUUUUGUCGUCGUGAGUUCUUUGAGUUGGCGAUGUAUUGAUUGGCAAGGCAAUCGCUUGUUGCCUUGGUGGCGUAGCUGGCACGUAGUUUGUGUCUAGGCAGUAUGUCGGUGCAGUAGUCUGUUGUCGUUACAUGCGUGGCCAGCCGGGCCGAUCUGUUUUGGUGAUGUCGUUCUGCGUUUGACUGGUCGAUGGUAGCUAUUUUUAUUGGUGGCAAACUUCCAGCUCAAUGGUUUCAUACUCAGGCGAGAUAGAGCCCUGUUUUGAGCAGCAAUGCGUGAGGCUUCUGACUGGGCAGUGGUACUGGCUAACCAACUAUCGGUAUCUUGUGAUUCCGAUAUGGUGCAUCGCUCCAGAUCGGUCAUGAUUGACCAGGCUCUGCGCUUGCAGCUUUUCUACGAGGCGAAGAAAGUGCAACAGUCGUCAUUCGGUACAAUAUCAUUAAAUUCACUUAUUGUCCGAGAUCGUCAAUGGUUGUUCGAGAUCGUGUCCUGCCGUGAUGAUCCUGGUUCAUCAGCAUUAGUCGCCGGUGGUUUGUUGUAAAGAUUGUUUUUGUUUUAUGUCAAUCACCCAUAAUCGUGCUAGUCACCAACACAGCAGCGUAGAAUUAGUUUAUUGCAGUGGAAAAUGCCUCGCUUGCUCAUGGAAGUCAUGUUCUGCCGGUACGGAAGGUUUUUGGAUUUUUUGUAACACACGGCCAUGGAUGAAAUAAUACUUAUCUAUUAUCUCAUCCGUGACACGGUCUUGCGGGAGAUGAUAAUCAUUGGUGUGAUGAUAUGAUUCCACUUCAAUAUCUUCCACUGAAUAAUAUCAACGAACAUUUAUCAGUCCGCCGAACUUGCGAGUAGUUUUAGUAUACAUA